AUGCAAGAUGAAUUUGACAUUGAAGUUAAUUUUGAAUAAAAUAGUUCUAUGACAUUCGAAAUGUUUAAAUUAUUUAUAAUUAUUAGUGGACAUAAUAGUGUUAGAUUUCCAAAAGCAGGAAUUAAAAUUAAUAAUGAAGGAUUAACAACAACCAAUGGAGAAUAGAUACAAAAUACUUAAGAAUCGAUAACACAUUAAUAAAUUAAAGUUGGAGAUGUUAUUGGAUAAGGAGUAUCUAGUUAUGUUUGUAAAGGAUUAUAUUUACCUUAUAAUUGUUAAGUAGCUUUAAAGGUUAAUAUUCAAUGUUAUUAUUAUAUCAGAUAAUUAAUGUUUUUGAUAAAGAUAAGAGACAUUAGAUGUUAAAUGAUCUAAGUACACUCUUAAAUGGUUGUGAAUGUGAAUAAUUGAUCAAAUUUUAUGGUGCAUAUUAUGAAGAAGGUAGCUCUAUCAUUGAUUUUUGAGGAACCAUAAGAUUGGUACUUGAAUAUAUGGAUCAAGGAUCAUUACGAAGCAUUAUUCAAUAAAUCUAUAAGCAUAAUUUAAGUGAAUUAAUAAAUGAAUAAAUUAUUGCUACAAUAACUUAUAAUAUUCUUAUGGGAUUAUAAUAUUUGCAUUAGUAGAAGCAUUAACUUCAUAGAGAUAUUAAACCAGAAAAUAUUCUCAUUAAUAGUUUAGGAUAAAUAAAAUUGACAGAUUUUGGAAUCAGUAAAUAAUUAGAAAACACUAUUGCUAUAGCUAGAACAUUUGUUGGUACUUUAAUGUACAUGUAAGAUAUUUCUGUUAUUUGUUAUAGGUCUCCAGAAAGAACAGAAGGUAAGAACUACUCUUAUGCAUCAGAUAUAUGGUCAUUGGGAUUGAUUAUAUAUGAAAUGGCAACUGGGAAACAUCCAUAUUCAGUUUCCAAUAAAUAAAUGACAUAUAUUCAAAUGAUUUAGAAUAUUUUGAAAUCAGAUUCUCCAAAAUUGGAUAAUUAUCCUUAUAGUUUAGAAAUGAGGGAUUUUGUUAAUAUUUGGUAGGAUUUUAAUAUUGAUUUUAGUUUAAAUAAGGAUUAAAACAAAAGAUUAGAUGCAUAGACUUUAUUGUAACAUAAUUGGAUUAAAAAAAAUGCUUAGAAUGGACAAUAUGUAUAGAUGUGGAUUAUGUAAAAGGAUUAAAAGUUAUAGUAAGUCCAACAAUAAUGA